AUGGCCUACUCAAACGAUGGAUCGACGGCUCGUGCGCCGGCCUGGAAGCGAUUGGGCCUGAAGCUCAAGGGGAACUCGGCCCCCGAAGCAGCAAAUGAAACCCUGCAGGUUGGGCAUCCAAGCAGCAGUAGCAGCAGCAGCAGGACCCAGCAAGCCCAGCAGCAGUCGACGCCGUUCAACAAGCGGAAGCCCGAGGCCCCGCCGGCGGGCGAACGUCUGUCGGCCCUGAAAAAGGCGCGGAACGAAUCGCAUGCUGCGGCUCCCAGCCCUCAGCUGAACAGGAAGAAGUCCGUCUCGUUCGGCGAGACGCCCACCAAGAGCGGCGUCGACACCACGAAGCCCGCCGCCAACAAACCACCGCCGAAGAAGGCCAAGGUGCCUGGGAAGAAGCAGCAGGCUCCGGCUGUUCCGCCUUCCGAUAUCAAGCCUGCGCUCGAGUACUUGAACCAGUGGAAUACGGCUCGAGACUCGUGGAAGUUCAACAAGAACCACCAGUCGACCCUCAUCAAGUUCGCCUUCGACCCUACUCUCUUUCCCUCCGCCGACAUUGAUACUUUCUACGCAUACAUCCGCGACCUCAAGGGCUUCGUCCGCACGAGACUACAAGAAACCGCCAUGGAGCUGCGGACAAAGGACAGCACAGCCGGGGCCGCAGGCUUCCCGGAAGGCUCAGUAAACCUGCCGGAGAAGCAGCUGAGGUACGACCAAGUGCUGGCCCAAGUGCUGCACUCACAGGCCGGGCAGAAGCGGAAAACCUUUGACGAGGCGGAAUACCGAAGCUCGUCGCAAGACGUGGACGACGUCAUUACGCGUGUGAUUAAGCGAAUGCGCGCGGAACUGGUGUUGGAUUCAUUGUCGGACGGGGAGGAGACGGACGCCAGCACUACAACUACGGCGACGGUUUCUUCCGGCAAGGCCAGCAUUGCCGAUAGUGACAGCAGCAAAACUACCGAGGGCGACGCCAAGGUGAAGCUGAGUGAAGGAGCGGGCAAGAGGCGGAGAAAACUGCGCACUGCUGUCGAUGACAGCAGCAGCUCCUCGGAGUCGGACAGCGAAUCGGACUCGAGCAGCAGUUCUUCAGAUGACGAUUCAGACGAUGAUGAUGACAAUGAUGGGGGCAAAGAAGCUGACAACGGCAACGAAUCCUCCAGCAGCUCGUCUUCAUCCUCAUCAUCGUCUGACACUGAGGAGGAGUCUGACUCGGACGACGAGAGCUCGAGCGACGAGGAAUAG